AUGUCGAAGCGACACUGUGACUGCUUUCUUUCUCAUAAAUUCAUAGUGCCAUUCGCAUUCAAACGUGAUCACAGCCUACUUAUUCUAUUGGGGAAAAACGUUGGAGCGCCGAAAGCGGCCGGACACCAAGGGUACUGGGUCUGUUCCGGCAUUCCAACUCCCCCUAGCCAUUCAAUAAAGCGGAUGCAUCCCAAUAUACGUCUUGCACGGCAGUCAAUCGGCCCACCAUUGACCACCCCUAGCACCUUCUUUUUGUACGACCUGCUCUUCAGGGACUAUAUAUGUUGA